AUGCGUAGAACUAAUAAAAUUAUAACUGUAUUAUCUCUUUGGUCAACUACGGUACCAAUAGUUCUGAAAUCUUCAAUAGCAACACUUGAACAACUAAUUUUUUUUUUGUCUUUAAAUCUUUAUCAGUUUCUAUAUACAUUUUUUCCUCAGUGCUUUAGAACAAGACCGAGAUCGUGCAGAAAUGGUGGAUAUCUGCUUUCCAAUAAAGAUAAUACGACGUCAUGUUACUGCAUGGGGUACUUCACUGGGCGUGACUGUGGAUCCAACUUGUGCUUCAACGGCGGAACUCGAAUGAAUGGCUUGACGUGUAUGUGUCCAGAAGGCUUUUCAGGCGACCAUUGUGAGACCGAUGAUGAUAGUGUAGACAUAAAACGUCGUAUGUUCUGUUAUUUAUCAAACAGCAUUAAACUUCUCAAAUGUAUUUUCAGUGAGAUUAAACUGCGAGAAGAAAUCUAUAGUUUAAACAAUAUUCUAAAGGUUUCCUGUUCAUUACUGGUUUUAGAACUGCUACCUGGUUUUAACAAUAUGUAUACGACAGCUGAGGAGAUGGUCACUGCACUGAAAAACAUACAAUUUCAAAACAGCACACACUGCGAGGAUUCUGUACUAACUGCAAUUGCUGAAGCCAUAAACUCACUGGCUUUAACUAACCGCUCUCCAGUUUACGUUAUUACAGAUGCUGUACCUGACGACGAGCAAGAGGCUGAAACUAUAUUCCACAUAAACACAUACAGAGGAUCACCGGUUGGCUUUCAGCGUGAACGCCAAUUUAAAAGAUUUCAAAAGCUGAUUUUCAAAACAAUUAAAACAAAAAAAAAACCUGAAUAUUUAACAGCACAUCCAACAAUGGCUCCACCAAGUGACUUAGCACUGUCAACACCUGGCGGUAGCAGUUUUUGUUAUUGUACUGCUGACUGGUCCGGCGAUAAAUGUGAAAAGCCUGUAUGUCAUAACGGCGGUACACUACGGCAGUCUGGUGGUGGGUCGUGGUGCGAAUGUGUUGCCGGACACACUGGCUCUCAUUGUGAAUUUUUCCUUAAAACUGUUACUUCUUUAUACAACAGUGUUUCAGUAUUUUGUACGGACACUGGUGAAGAGGUGGAACAAACACCAUUAAACAUCGAUAUGGCGUUCGUUGUAGAAAUAACCCAAAAUUCAAUGCAUGCACUGCGCGACCUUGUGAACCAUAUAGGAGUAAUUGUAAGAGACGCAGCUAUGCAUCAUCCAGAAUGGAUUGCCAACUUCUUAUAUGCAUACUACGACUCUAACGGUAGGCACAGUAGAAUUCUUCAUGAGUAG